AUGGCCAUCCUCGGCCUUUUUGGCAGACGCGACAAGCACAAGGCCCCGUCCGACGCCGCAAAGUCCACCACCGCGUCCUCUGGCUCCGUCGACACCGACGACCUUGCCACCGUCCCAUCUCUCCACCAGAAUGCUGUAUAUGCUAGCUCACCCACCGCCUCCUCGAGCAAACUGAUGCUGGCCUUUCGUCACAAAAAGUCUCCUCGUUCGCCCCCCGCUGCUUCCGACGGUCUUCUCCGUCCACCUGCACCACACGCUUACCUCUCCAGUGCGAGAUCGGAGCCGGGACAUGGUCCGCUAGAUCCUCCACCUACCAGGUCAAAUUUAUUCUCUGAUUCAGACGGUGGACGGUCGGUCAGAUCUCUCCCCGCUCAUACCUUCUCCCGCUCUAGGGAGGGCAUCGUACUCGAUGACCCCAACACCUCCCCGCCUCCCAAGAAAUCCAAGGGUAUCUUCGCCUGGGCCCACAGAGAACGCAAACAGUCAAAACCUCUUCCCGCUACCCCUGACAUCAAUCUCGACACCGACUCCUUCAACCUGCGCUCCUUCCGUCAUGUCGGCCCAGAGUCUCCUCACGAGAGCCCCCGUCCACCGUCGUCCCUGUCUACGAGCCCAUACCUCAUUCCACGCCCGCGUGGGGACAGCAUCGCUUCAGAUUCAUCACAGCGCAUAUCUGUCGCCGCGUUUCGUGAGAUGGCCGCACGGCGCAGCAUGACGAAUUCCCCUUCACCGUCUUCUGUGGACAUGUCACGAAUGGAGCCUUCACCCUCUCUUCGGCCCCCGCCUUCUCAUGUUGUGAGCUCAGCCUCUCCCUCUACCGGCACACCUUCUCUCUCAGUCAGUGCGCCUCUCGCUGUGAGCCCGCCGUCUUUCACUGUGAAGACGUCACCGCUCCUCGCAGCGCGUCGUACUACGGUGCCACUUUCAGGAUCCUCGGAUUCGAGCGAAGAACCGGAGGAGUCGGAGUCCGGUGAGGACUCCGCUGACUCUUCGACGCUGCGUCCGAAACGCGACGCGACGAUCACCAGAAGGACCGCUGGAAAGGCAUCUACCGAGCUUGGCCAUCUCAUGCGUCCCAUACCUCGAAUAGCGCCCUCCGCGUCUGCACAGUCGGGAAGUAGCAGCAGGGAAAGUGUAAUUACUCGCCAAAGGGCCUCUGCCUCGACUUCUGCGUUGCAACCCAAUGCUGCAGCUCAGCGUGCGUCCAUACUUGCUGCCGAGAAAGCUCCCGUCGUGAAAGGGUCUCAUAUUCAUUCGAGGAAGAAGCUCGCGGGAAAGGAACUCGACGACACCUCAGCCAGCUCCGAUUCCGACACUGAUUCUGACAACGCACCGCUGUCGAAGUACGUGAUACCAAAGCGGCCGGGGAGCGCCGCUUCACAUGCCACUUCCCGGAGUCGAGUGCCUACGAAGCCUCUCAUUGACAUCUCGUCCAUGACCGUGAACGCACCACCCCUCAUGUUCUCACAGGAGACAGUCGAAUCCCCCGUUUCGCCGAAACAAGCCGAAAGGGGGAAAGAGAAGGAGUCUCCUGUGUCGCCUACGCCAGAACAGGUUCCUACGCCCAUCGAAAAGCCCACUCUCAACGAUCGUCUUAGUCGUCUCACCCAAGGGGUCGCGGGUCGAUCCGCUGAAAAUUUGCUCAAGUUCCCGCAAGUGGAUGAGGAUAAAGGUUCGCGCGAACGUUCGAUGCCGCCUGCUCCAACGCGAAGCCAAACAGCACCCAUGGACAUGUUCGCCCCCAGUCCGCCGUCGCCGUCGUCUCCUCCGGAUCCGCCAACCCCGUCGUCGAAGAAGAUCAACGGACGAUCGAUGUCUUCGCCCAGCGCGACCUUCGAGGGCAUCAAGGACCUUUCGGACCCCUCCCCUAUCGUACCCACUCUGAUACGCGAACGUUCCCCUCCGCCUGCAUUCAGCGUCACAUCCCGCCCAACCUCGCAGCUUUCUGUUGCAUCGCAGUCGCAGCCUCCGCCGCCUACCGUGCGCAUAGUCCAAUCUCCCCCUGAGCGGCAGCCGUCGCCUCUCUCUCCAUCUCUGCGUUCCACCCCUGAGGAGCCCGUUCGAUCGCUGCCGGCUCCUCUCAUUACCUUACCGCCCUCGAAUGCAUUCACCGGAGGAGGCCUCCUCGCAGGCGGUGCCCCCAUUCCGCACCCGCACGGGUCCCGACCACCUCCCAGCUCGCCCACGAAACGCCCGGGGCGCCCUCGCGCACCAAGCAGCAAUGCAUAUCCUCCGAGGGAGGACUCACUGCCUCCCACCUUACGGCCGUUCGCCGAGGUCAACGGGCGGCGCGGCAGCCCCGCGCGCACGGACGCCAGCAGCCAGAUCACCUCCGCUUCGUCUUCCGCGUCUUCCGUCCUGCCGGCCGCCCCUGCCCCGGUGCAGUCCAAAGCGCCGCCGCCGCGAACAGCGAAGCCAGCCCGCCCACGCUCGAGCACGCUCACGGUCGUGCCGCCGCUCGGUGCCGCGCCUCCGCCGAAGCCGUUCGCGGCGGGCCCGCGGGGAUACAGCCCUGCGAGCUCGACGGGUGACUCGAGCAGCGGGCGCACGCCGGUCACGCCGCAGGAUGACGGGGAGUUUAACUAUAGUCGUCGUAAAAAGGAUGCGGGCCAGGGUCAGGCGACUUCCAACCACAGUCAGUCCACGCUUGGACAGCCGCCGCGGAGAGGACAACGGAGAGGGGCGAGUGUUACAUUCGAUGAGACAGUGCGUGAGCGCGGGAGGUCUUCGGCGAGGGAGCGGGAGCGGGAGAAAGAGAAGGAGGAGCGGGAGACAAGGGAGAUGGAGGAGAGCAGGCGGAAGGAGAGGCGCCUUACUGAGGCGAAAGCUGCUCUUGAGCUCGGAAAAAUCGUCAAUGGGAAGGCGCCCCUCGUCGAUGACGAUGACGAAGAGGCUCCUACUCUCGAUAACAUGGGCCCGCGGAUGAGCAUGAUGAACCCGAUGAUGGGCAUGGGCUCUAUGGGCGGGAUGAACAUGACGCUCACUCCGCCGUCGCCGAUGGCCUGGCAGCAGCAAAACAUGUUAAGCCAGCAACAGUACAUGAUGCCGAUGCAGCAGCCGAAUGCGGACGUCGCGUUCCUCGCCGCGCACCAGCAGGCGAUGCUCGCCGCGAAGCACGCGUACCAGAUGGCCGUGGCGCAGCAGGCGAUGGCGGUCGCCGAGGAGGAAUGGGAGCGCGGGUCCGUCGGCGCCGCGAGCGCGCUCAGCUUCACGCCCCGGCCCACGAUGGGCGGGAUGUUCCCCGGCAGUGGGUACGGCAUGGGCGUGGGCAUGGGCGGGAUGGGCAUGAACGCAUGGGGCGGGAACAUGAUGGUGCCCCCCAGCUCGCAGUCGAUGUAUGCGGGCAGCGUGAUUGGCAGCGAGCUCGGCGUUGGCACCAGGGGAUCUGGGUGGGCCACGCGUAGUGCGUAUGGCGAACCGACUGGACCGUCGAACAUGUUCCGCACGACGGGGUAUGCGUUCCCUGCGCCACCACCGCUCCCCACCGGUCGCUCGGACUCAGGGCAGCUUGGGCCACAGUCGCGUCCAGGCCCCCGGCCCCGUACCCGCACUGCACCGUCGUCCGAGAAUCCGCGCCGCGCGCCCCCGCCAUCGAGUUGGAAAACAAGCGCACAGCGCCCGGCGUGA